AUGUCUUUUUUUCGAUUUUAUUGGCUAAGAAGGUUAAUUAGAAGAAACACCAACCCCAUACCCCAACCUAGGGCUGAAUUGUGGAGAAGUAGACUAUCUAUUAUAUAUACUCUUAUAGCUUGGAAUGCAUUCGGAUUCGUUGUAUACCAAAUUUAUUCUGGUAAAUCGGACUGGGCCAAAUAUUACGGCAUAAAAACUGAGGAAGAAGAGAAAAUGUCACCAGGUCACAGGUGGGCUAAAACGUUAGGAAUAAAAGAUGCUAAAGUAUACAGAGUAACCGGUUUUUCUGUCGAAAAAGUAGAAGACGAUGAAAAAGUAGAAAGCAAUAAAUAA